CCUCGCUCUGCCUGCCUACCUACCUCUUCGUGAUUUUCUCGGGCGGUUUGAGCGGCUCCUGACUGCUACGAAGAUCUUCUGGGGAAGGCCUUAUGGCUUGCAGGCUGGAGCAUGGAGAGGAGGCGCUGCCUGGAGACUUGGGCCUGAUCAGUGCCCUGUACCAGAAACUGAGCCAGUUCCCCUCUGUAAUUUAUGCCAGCGUGGGACUUGGAUUUGCUGCAUGCUGCAGUGCCAAGUGCCUGUCCCUCUACACGGAGUGGUGCCAACCUGAUCUGGGUCGCCGGCAACAGCUGCAGUUCAGCCGCCAGUAUGUCCUGCACCGUGAUGAUGGCAAAGCAGUUGUCUCAGUUACCCCUGUUGGCAUGCCAGCUGAAAUCAGAGACCAACUGCUGAUCCAAGGGUCACCUACCGGGAGGCUCAAGGCUGUUCUCACCCACCACUUGGAAAUGGGGCAGAAACAGGAGGUGCUGGAGGUCUGGAGCAACUGUGGGAGGGUGAGAACUGUCAACCUCACAGCGCUGGAUAAACAUGGCAGAGUAUAUACGGAUGGGCAGUUUGGGUGUUUGGCCUGGUCCAGCUCAGAAACACGGAUCCUGUAUGUUGCAGAGAAGAGACGCCCCAAAUUGCAGCAACUGUUCCCUCAGGACAGUUCUCCCCAGGACAGAGAGAAGCCAGGUGAAGCAAGAAAGGUGGAGCAGUUUGUAUACCAUGACAAUUGGGGAGAGGCACUAGGUGAUAAGAGCAUCCCUGUCCUGUGCAUUCUGGAUGUUGAAACCAGUGAAGUUUCUUUGCCAGAGAGUAUCCCAGGGCACAUCUCCCCUGGGCAGCCCCUGUGGUCCCCAGAUGACAAGAGCCUAGUGUUUGUUGGCUGGUGGCAUGAACCUUUCAGGCUGGGACUGAGUGCUUGCUCCAACCGAAGGUCAGCCUUGUUUCUCUUGGAUCUCUCUGGAGGUAGCUGUGAGCUCCUGUCCUCAGAUCACCAGGCUGUCUCCGCUCCCCGGCUCAGCCCUGACGGAACCUGCCUGCUGUACUUGGAGGGCCCGGUAUUUGGGCCUCAUCGCCAGUGCCUCAAGCUACAAAUGCUCAACUGGCAAACAAAGCUCACAUCCACAGUGGUGGACAUGGUCAGGAUUGCCACAGGUGAUUUUUGUGGGAUUUACUCAGAGGCACUGCCCCGGCUUUGCUGGGCCGCCGACAGUCGUAGAGUCCUGCUGAGCACUCCUCAGAAGAGUAGGAAGGAGCUACUGAUUGUGGAUACCAGACUGGGGAGUGUGAAGCUUAUUACAGCAGGCACACCAGAAGGUAGCUGGACUCUCCUGGGAAUUCAGCAGGAUCUCCUGGUGGUGAGCUGCUCAUCUCCCAAUUGCCCUCCAGCCCUGAAGGUGGGUGUACUUCCUCCUGCAGGGAGUAAGCUGGAACUGCAAUGGAUAAGUGUGGAGGAGACCUCUGUACUGCCAGAUGUGGAAUGGCUAAUACUCACAGUGCAUCCGCCUGUGCCUGAGGAGGGCAUCCCAUACACUGGCCAGGCAUUUGAAGCCCUGUUGCUGAGACCCCAAGGAAAUAAGCAAGGAGAGAAAGCUUUUCCUCUCAUUGUUUCUCCACAUGGUGGCCCAAAUGCAGUUUUUGAUGCCUGUUGGCGUCCAACCAUGGCAUGUCUCUGCCAGUUGGGCUUUGCUGUGCUCAUGGUGAAUUACAGGGGCUCCUUGGGCUUCGGUCAGGCCAGCAUUGACUCACUGAUCUCCCAUGUGGGGCAGCAAGAUGUGGAGGACACUCAGUUGGCAGUGGAACUGGCACUGCAGAUGGAGAUCCUGGACCCAAAUAGAAUUGCUUUGCUGGGCGGUUCCCAUGGCGGCUUCAUCUGUUGUCAUCUGAUUGGCCAAUACCCAGAGAUGUACAAAGCCUGUGCAGUCAGAAGCCCUGUCAUCAACAUGGCCACUCUGCUGGGGACCUCUGAUAUCCCUGACUGGCGUUAUGCAGUUCUAGGUCUGCCAUACUGCUAUGAGCGAACGCCCACUGAAGAAGAUCUGACUGCCAUGCUGCUCCGCUCUCCUGUCAUUCAUGCUGCUAAGGUGCAAACACCAUUGCUGCUGUGCGUAGGUGCCAAGGACCGACGAGUGUCUCCAUACCAAGCUUUGGAGUAUUAUCGUGUGUUAAAAGCCAGAGGUAUUCCUGUCCGGCUGCUGUGGUACCCAGAAGGGAAUCAUGCCCUAAGUGGAGUAGAGACAGAAGCAGAUGUCUUCAUCAACUGUGUGCAGUGGAUUGUACAACACCUUUCCUUUGAAGCAGCCACUGGAAGACAGCCAUUAGCUGAAAAGGCAGAAUUCUAGACUCUAAAAUGCCAAGAAACAACUUGUAGUUAUUUGUACCUUUAAAAAAAAAACUUGUACCUUUAAGAUAGUUCAUUGAGAGUAUGGACAGCUGGAAGGAGGCAGCUUCUAAAAGAAUGUAGCAGUAGGUAAAGUCUGGCCUAAGCAGAUCUGCCAAGUUGGAUUGUUGCUGCCCAGAGACAUAAGUUUUGGGUGGGAUAGAAAUAUGUCAAAUAAAUUAGCUUGAGAUGUGCCUUCAAUAAAGUGAUUGUUUUUGACUUCUGCCUUCAUUGUGGAUACAACAUAUUGGCAAUGAAGAUGAGAUAGCUUUUUAACCAAUGAAUCUAUUUAUCCCCUUCAUUUAGAGUUCAGGUGAGCCUUCAUUCCUUUUCCAUUUGGAUCUGAAUGUUUGAAAAUUAUCUACUUUCAGCUAAUGAUAAAGAGGUUCCUGAGGCAAAGAAAUGUGCAUAGCUUCUUCUGUGCUUUGAAGUUAAAGGACCAUGUGUAUUUUACACCUUUUCUAUUGCAGAUGAUAAAUAUGAAACAGCACUUACAACUUCAAAGAAUGUUUAUGAGUCAAAUGCAAAUGUUUUAGCUAAUUGCUGCACAUUCUGCCAGUGGGAAUAGACAUUGGAAGAAUCUGUAUUGCUGCUAUUGAUGGGUUGAUGUAGUUUUGGAGACAUAAUGAAUGAGAUGAUUACAGAUCAGUUGACUGAAAAAAACAACAACACCCAAGUCUACAUUCAUAUGUUUGGCACAUGAUACCCACUAAGGAAUUGUAAGAACUAAGCAGAGGUGGCCACAGAUGGAUUCCCAAACUGGAAUGUCUAUAAGAACAUAAGAACAGCCCUGCUGGAUCAGGCCAAAGGCCCAUCUAGUCCAGCAUCCUGUUUCACACAGUGGCCAACCAGAUGCUGCUGGAAGCCACAGGAAUAGUUGAGGGCAUGCCCUUUUUCCUGCUGUUACUCCCCUGCAACUGGUACUCAGAUCAUGUGUUAUCUGCCAGUCACAUGAUAAAACUGCAGUGACAUAUGGAUCAUCAUUACAACUUGUCCUGAGUCAGAUUCUGCAUGGGAGAAGGUAGCAAUUGAUACUGUAGGGCUUUUUGGUGUUGCUCCAAUUGAUUGCUGUUAUGCUAUUACAUUAAUUGCUGAUUGUUAUAGUAAAUAGCCUGAAGUGGAAUUUAUAUCACAAGUUACUUCCACUGAAGUCACUAAAUUUUUUUCUGUUGUCUUCAAUAGAGAAGGAAAUCCUAAAGAAUGUAUUUCUGAUAAUGGGGCUCAGUUUACCUCACUGGGAUUUGAAACCUAUCUAGCAGAAAUAAAUAUUAUAUGUAAGAGGUCAUCUGCAUAUUAUCCUCAAGCAAAUGAGGAAAUUGAGCAGUUUAAUAGAAUUUUAAAAUAUAGUUUGCAGACAGCAAAGCUGGAAGGAAAAGCUAGAAAACCUUUACUACUAAAUUUCUGUAGACUGCUUAGAGCUACAUGUCAUGCAGCAACACAGAAAUCACCUGCAGAAUUAUUGCUUGGGAAGGAGAGGCACACUAUAUUGAAUGUGCUGGAGUGUUAAGAUCUGAACCGGAAAUAUCCUUAGAAUCUGACAGGGAAUGUUGUGGAAAAGAAAAAGAAGAAUCUAAAGCGUAUACUGAUCAACACUGUGGAGCUAAGGGGCAGAAACUUGCAUGUGGUUCUUACCAGGAGCGUAAGGAGGCUGGUGGUGGUCCAUGUGCGGUCGCGGCCAUGCCCCCCACAUCUGAUGUCAGAAGCAGGGGCCCAGCUAGCCACACCCCUGCGUCUGACAUCAGAUGGGGGCGUGGUCUCCCUCCCAAACGAGGCCGCGCAGCCCAGUUUGGAAGGGCAAUCAGCCUGUGCUGCAUUGGGCAGCGUGGGCCGGAAUGAGUCUCCCUGCCUUAAAGGUAGGGAGAGCCGUUCCGGCUGCACUGCCAAUGCAGCACGGCCCAAUCUCUCUCCUAAAUGGGGCCAUGUGGCCCCAUUUGGGAGGGAGAUCAAUCGGCCCUGCUGCAUUGGCAGUGAGACCAGGAGCAGCCCUCCCUGCCUUUAAGGCAGAGAAAGUCACUCUGGCUGCACUGCCCAACACAGCACGGGCCAAACGGGGCCACGCAGCCCCGUAUGGGACCGAAGUAAUGCCCCACGUCUGACAUCAGACGUGAGGGGCUUGUCUGAGGCCACGCUUGCAGCCCCUGAUUGGUGGCAGCCUGGGUUCUUUUGCCCAAUGGUGGCUCCACCCCUGGUCCUUAAAUUUCAGUUAAGAAGCCUGGGAUUUUGCAGAAGGGAGAAAAUAGAUUUGUCUCCAGAUAAAGCUAUUGAAAGGAAAAACUUUAUACCUAUACAUUGUCUGGUGGACAUGUGUCAAAUAUUUCUUAUCUUGUUCCAAUAAGUGGUAGAAGUGUGCUAGAUAUCCAGUCUGUUAGAUAAUGUUCUUUCAUCAUCUGCAUCAUUAGAAACUGAUCAAUUGAACACGAUGAAUUAGAAACUUAACUUGAAAGGCAGCUAGAUGACCACCUGUUUAAGCUAGACAACCACCUGUUUAGACUGAAUAUUAUGCUAUGUUUAAGUAUGGGGACUUAUUAAGGAUUUGGCAGGGCUGCUAAACUGGAUUGUUGCUAUUGUAUGCAAUAAAAUGGUUUUGUUUUAUGUA